AUGGUAACCCCGUUUCCUUCUUCUCCAACCUACAAGCGCCGAAAUGACCAUCACAACCUAUCGGCACCGGAAAACGAAAAAAAAACCAAGAAAACACCACCUCCAUUGCCAUCUCUUCCUAACGAGCUCAUCAUCGAAAUCCUCUCUCGAUUGCCAGCUAAAUCCCUAAUCCAAUUCCGGUGCGUUUCCAAAUCAUUUAAAUCCCUGAUUUCAGAUCCCGAAUUCAUUAAAACCCAUCUCGAAAAGGUCAAAACUUUAUCAAAAAGCCACCACCCUGAUUUCUCUCAAACAAUCGUUAUUUCCUCUAGUGAGCCGCUGUUUAAGCUCAAAUCUUGCUCAGUUCACUCUGUUUGUAAUAAUCCAGAAACUGAUGUUGUUAUUCUUGAUGAUUAUUCGUUGAAGGAUACCUAUAGUUAUGAUUGGGUUGUUGGGUCCUGUGAUGGGUUACUGUGUUUGGGCAUUGAGCAGGAUUUUGUGGUCUUAUGGAACCCAACUACAAGGAUUUUUAAUAGAUUGCCUGAUUUAAGAUUCUCAAAGAAAUCAGGGAGUUAUACUGUUUUUGGGUUUGGUUAUGAUAGUCGAGUAGAUGAUUAUAAGGCGCUGGCUAUAUUUUGCUUUUGCACUAAGAGUGUGCAUGGAGGGAGUAGAUAUGUGAAUAGAAUUAAGGUUUGUUCUUUGAAGGAUAGGCAUUGGAGGAGGGUUGAUGAUUUUGAAUAUGGUAUUCCGUAUGAUGUUUCGGGAAAACAUGUCAAUGGGAACCUUUGUUGGCCGGUCAUACCUGAAGGAGGGAGUAUGGAAUCAAUGUGGUCUAUUGUUGCUUUUGAUUUAGCUGAAGAGACGUUCAAGGAGGUUGUGCAGCCGGAAUAUGGGGAGGGUGUUUAUGACAGAGUGUUGGGGGUUUUACAGGAGUGGCUUUGUGUUAUGUGUAAUUAUCUGGGGGUUCGUGCCGAUGUCUGGGUUAUGAAGGAGUAUGGAGUGGGUGAUUCUUGGACUAAGAUGUUUAGCAUACCAUAUUUGGAUGAUCCUGUGCGGUUUCACUAUUCAGUGCCACUAUGUAUUUUUUCUGGAGGUGAGGUUUUGUUGGAGUAUAAUUCAGUUUUUGUGAUUUACAAUCCUAAAGAUGGUAAUUUCAGAUACCCUAUAAUGAAUGGUGCUAGUUCUUGUCUAGAAGCAGAUCUGUACAUUCAGAGCCUGGUUUCCCCUAUGGUUGAUUGUCAUGAGUAA